AUGUCUGAUAAAGUUUCUCCUCAAAAACACCAACCACAUAUUAGGGACUUGUCACUAAUCUGGAUGCGGAAGAUAAUGACUUUCAUAGACUUGCAGGACAUUGAUAAAGAUGGCGUUAUAGGAUACAAUGACCUUAUGCUGCUAGCAGACAGAUUUGGAAAAUUAGUUAAAAGUGAGAAGUCAAAGAAUGAGCACAUAGAGAUACAUAGAAAAAGACACAAAAUUCUCAAUGAAAGCUCUGAAGGACCCAUGACAUUUAAGAAACAAAUCUUAAAGUACUGGCAGCUGAUGGAUGACCCAGCUAUAGUUGAACAAUGGCAGAAGGAAUCAUCUGGAUUUUUCAAGAUUCUUGAUUCCAAGGGCAAUGGUUACUUAUCAUUUGAUGAUUUCAUUGUUUACUGGAGAGUACUUGGGAUGGAUACAAGGUUCGCCAGAAUGCAGUUUGACUAUGUUAAUACCAACCAAGAUGGUUUGAUCACAGAAGAAGAAUUUGUAAAGGCAAGAGUGGAAUACUUCACUAAUACAGAUCCAAACAAUCAAAAUCAAGAUCCUCUAUCAAUAGAGUAUUUUCCAUAUAGCUUUGAAAUCUCAUUAAAGUCUUGUUUUAAAUUAGAUUUUAGGAGAUCUGAAUUUUUAACCACUUAA